AUGGCGAUAAUUAUAAAAGAUUAUCAAUGGCGACAGACGGAUAAAAGAAUAAUAAUUUACGUGCCUCUAAAAGGUCGCCCUAAAAACGUGGGUCUGUUUGUUAUGGAUAAUUACAUAAAGAUUAGCUUUUCGCCCUUUAUUUUGGAAUUAUUUCUGUGGGAAAAUGUACUUGAAGAGGAGAGUGAAUGUACUUUGACGGACACCGAAGCUAUUUUCUCGUUACAAAAAGCAAGCGUGGCUGUCAAUUGGCCGAUUCUCAAGGCGGAAAACAUUAGUAAAAGUGAAAAAUGUCAUGCUAGAAAUCAAAUUUUAGAGAAAGCACAAAAGAUUUUGGAAAAUCGUGCAAAAUGUAAGAAAGAAAAACUUCAAAAUCUGCAAAAAGAGGCGGUUAAAAUACAAAUCAAUUUGGAUACUGAUACAUUGAAUAAAAUAGAAGCCUUGAGAGACAGCCAUCGGAAAGUUGCGAUGCAGGAUUUUGAAGAUUGGCGAUUAAAUGCGGAAAUGCCGUUCCUUCAGGAUAUUUCCGGCAAAGUGCAAGAGAAUAGAAAGGCGUAUAGGCCUCCACUUCAAUGGUUCAAAGAUGAUCUUGGUAUCAUACAAUCUCGAGAAACUGAUAAGAAAGAAGUAGAAGAAAAACAACAAGAUAAAUCAAUAGUUAUAGAAGAAUUAAAGGAAGAACUAAUUGUUGAAAAUAAAUCGGAGGAAGGUGAUAAGAAAGAAGUAGAAGAAAAACAACAAAAUAAAUCAAUAGUUAUAGAAGAAUUAGAGGAAGAACUAAUUGUUGAAAAUAAGUCGGAGGAAGAUUUAACCGUUGAAGAAAACAUAAACAAAGACUUAAUUGUUAACGAAUCAAUAGAUCAAAUGAAUUCAAAAGAAGAUACAACCCUCAAUGAAAAUACCGGAAAAAAAGCAGAUGUAGAAAUAACGGAGACAACAAAUGUGAGCAAAGAUUUUAAUUUUGCAGAAUGUUCUAGUUAUUCCGAGGAUUCCGAAUCAGAUGAAGAGAUCACAUCCUCUAAAUCUUUGACAAAUUCUUUAGUUAAGAAAAUAAAUCAGAAACCCUCGCAAAAGUUUUGUACGAAGACGAAGAAACAAGGAUCAGGUCGGGAUUUAAUUGACAGGAUACUGGAGUGUCGAUAUCCCAAAAUAAAUCAAAUAUUCGAUGAACCUACGAAGGCAGUUCCACUCCCCAGAAGGAGUGGAACAAUCAAAGUAACUUUUUCCGAACGAGCCUUUCCUACUCCUGCAAGAGAGAGUUCCUUCAUUGAAGAACAGGAAUGGCUCUCCAAGCAAGCAGAAGCCAGAAGAAAAACAGGGUUCGUUGCCGAGGACCUUCGUCCUGAAGAACAGGAUCCACAAUGGCUAAAAGACAAGGGCGAUGAUUUCUUCAAAGCGGGGAAUUAUUUAGCUGCCAUCAGUGCAUAUACACAUGGAAUUAAAAUCAGCGACAAGAUGGCGGCACUUUAUGUGAACAGAUCUGCUGCACAUUACGCUCUUGGAAAUUAUUACAGAUGUAUUGAUGAUUGUUCUAAGGUAUUGGAGUUAAUGGAACCAAAAUGUGAAAGCAAUAGAGUAUCGCGAGCAAGGUGUCACGCUCGUCGAGGUGCUGCGCUUUGCAAAUUAUCUGCACCACAGCAUGGAAUCUCUGAAUUAGAAGCUGCCUUGAAGCUAGAUCCGAAUAACAAGAGCAUUCAACAUGAUCUAUAUGCUGUUAAACAAUAUUUUAAUAUAAAGGAAUGAAAAAA